UUACCCCUUCUCUAUUGAGAUUUUUAUUGUAGGAUCACCGGAAAAUCAAGAAAUGGCUGAAGAAACCAAGAAACCUGCUUCUGAGGAAACUACGCCGGCGACAACUCAAGAGGUUGUCGUCUCUGAUGUCCCCGUGCCGGAAAAGGAAUCCACCCCUCAAUCUGAACCGGUACCUGUUCCUGAGACACCGGAAAAAUCUGCUGUUCCGGUGCCUGAGGAAACUGAAGCUGCAACUGUUACGGAAAAAGCUCCAGUUACUGAAUCUGCUUCGUUUAAGGAAGAGAGCAAUAAAGUUGAGGAACUACCAAAUCCUGAGCAAAAGGCUUUAGCGGAGUUGAAACAGUUGGUUCAAGAUGCUCUGAACAAACAUGAAUUCACUGCUCCACCACCACCCCCGCCGGUCAAGGAGGAGGAGAAGAAACCAGAGGCUGAAGCAGCAGAACCUGUAGCUGCUGCUGUGGCAGAGGAGGAGAAAAAGGAAGAAUCUGAACCCAGCACCGAUGCUGCACCAGCUGAGACUCCGGCCAUCGCGGAGCCGGUGAAGGAAGAACCACCAGUUCCAGCGGCGGUGGUAGAAGAGAAGAAAGAAACUCCACCUGUAGUGGAAGAGAAGAAAGAAAUUCCACCUGUAGUAGUGGAAGAGAAGAAAGAAACUCCACCACCAGCAGAGGAGGAGGAUGGUUCUAAAGCCGUUGAAGAAAUCAAAGAGACGAUUGUUGAAGUGACUGCCACCAGUACUGCACCGGUGGAGGAGACAGCAGUUCCGGCAGAAGAAGUCCCAGCAACAGAGGAAGAUGUAGCACCAGAAGAAGUUUCCAUCUGGGGAAUUCCUUUAUUAGCUGAUGAGAGAAGUGAUGUGAUCCUUCUCAAGUUCCUCCGAGCCAGAGAUUUUAAGGUGAAGGAAGCUUUUGCUAUGCUGAAGAGUGUGGUAGCAUGGCGUAAGGAGUUUAACAUUGAUGAACUUUUGGAAGAAGAUCUGUCAGGACUAGGACUAGAGAAAGUGGUGUACAAUCAUGGUGUGGACAAGGAAGGACAUCCAGUGUGUUACAAUGCAUUCGGGGCAUUUCAGGACAAUGAAUUGUAUCAGAAUACUUUUGCUGACAAGGAGAAAAUGAACAAGUUUCUUAGAUGGCGUAUUCAGUUCAUGGAGAAAUCAAUCAGGAAUCUUGAUUUUAGCCCUGAUGGCAUAUGCACUUUUGUUCAGGUUAUUGAUCUCAAGAAUUCACCUGGACUUUACCUUUACAAGAAAGAACUUCGCCAGGCUACCAACCGUGCACUUCAGUUACUCCAGGACAACUACCCUGAAUUUGUUGCCAAGCAGGUAUUCAUCAAUGUGCCAUGGUGGUAUCCAGCUUACUACAGAAUGAUCAAUGCACUUUUCACUACCAGGACCAAGAGCAAGUUUGUGUUUGCUGGUGCUUCAAGAUCUGCUGAGACUCUCUUCAAAUACAUUGUCCCUGAGCAAGUUCCAGUUCAAUAUGGUGGACUUAGCAGGGAGGGUGAACAGGAAUUCACCAUUGCUGACCCUGCCACUGAGGAUACCGUUAAGCCUGCUUCCAAACACACCAUUGAAUUUCCAGUUACUGAGAAGAGUAAUUUGGUGUGGGAAGCAAGAGUGGUUGGAUGGGAUGUGUGUUAUGGAGCUGAAUUUGUGCCAAGUGCUGAAGGCGGAUACACGAUCAUCGUCGAGAAAUCAAGAAAGAUUGCAGCAGCAAAUGAAACAGUGAUCACCAACAACUAUACCGCGCCAGAAGCAGGCAAAGUGGUGCUUACAUUUGAUAACCAAACAUCUAAGAGGAAGAAGCUUGUCUACAGAUCCAAGACCAAGCCUUCUGAUUAAAACAAACAUAUGUUGUUGAAAAGCUUUCAAAGAUCAAAUCACAUAGUGGAAAAUAAGGAGAAAGGGUUCUGUUCUUUUGUUCUUUCAUAGCUUUUAAAAAUUCUAUUUUUCUUGUUGAUAUUAAAUUUAAUUUUGAGUGUGGGAUAUUUAUUUGUUUUUGGAUUGUUUUGCUACAAGUAAGUAAGGGGUUUGCAAUGGAUGGAGAAGAAAACAAUGUAUACAGAAUGUGGUUGUAAUGUGUUGGUUGGAAUGUGGACAGAAAAACUUUGAUUACUA